AUAAACGCAGACGCAAGUCACGCAACACGCAAGCAAAGGCUUAUUAACGCGAAAGAGCGAAGAGGGUGUCGAACAGAACAGAGAUGGAGGUUCCAAACUAUGAGGAAACACUCCAGUCCCUGAACUCUUGUCUCUCUCAGAUCAAAUGGCGGUUCAAAUCCACUUCCAAGCGCCGACUCGAAAUAGAUGUGUUGGCACUGUGCACAGGGAUGAGGCCUGUAGUGAUGAUUGACUAUGGUGGGAAGAUGCCCGAGCUGCAAGAUCGCCUUCUUGCACUUCUCGGGCUUAUGCAUAAGGAAUCACCCAUGUUCAAGGAAUUGAGGGUUAUGGUCAUAGAGGAUAUGAUAUACUUGAUAAAUGUAAGAAGCUUCUCUGAAUAUAUAACCUCAAGCUUCAGCUUGGACGCGAAGUUGUUUUUUGUAGACUUGGAACAUGAUCCUCCAAAGAUGAUAGAACAAAGCAAGGAAAGCAAACUAGGGAUGCAGCUUAUAUCAAUCCAGAAGCUAUUCUCUUCAGCAUUCCCUUUAGAAGGAGGAAACAGCAAUACAUUGGCAUGUGAAAGCACCAACCAUAUGGCUAUUUUGGAUUCAUCCACCUCUGAGGCUAGCUCUUCCCAAUCUUCUCUAUUUCACGAUCUUAGUCGGUGUUUGCAAGACACUCAGAUCACAAUCCCAACCUUGAACGGGUGGUUGCUCGGCUACCCAGUUGUGUACCUGUUCGGUAAAGAUCACAUAGAAGACGCAAUCUACAAUCUCUCCACGAAAUCCCUCCGCAUAUUCAGAAUUCUAGUAAGCAGGAACAUGGACUCCCAUUUCGAAGAACUAACCAGUUUCUCGGUACCGUACGAUCUGAGUAUGGGAGGACGGGACGAGCCAUGGGCCGAGGCGUUUUUGGGAAGGAUGCGUUUGAAGUGGGAAGAAUGCAAGCACGUUUGGACAUCAUUGGAGUUGGAGGUUUCUGAAUGUUAUCCUCAAGCAAUCGUGCUCUAGAUUUCAAAUCUGAGACCAACAAGAACUCUCUCUGAAAGUUUUCAACUUUGUUGAUUAUUCAUUAAUGUGACGAAAAAAAACCAAGACCCAUGAUAUUAAAUGAAGCAGAACUGUUCCUACA